AUGAGCAAGAACGUGCGCUUUUUGGUGGAAAGUUUCAGUAUGGGCUACUCAAAUUUAAGUAAUUGUGAUGAUGGUACUACGGAGAGAGGCUUCCACGGCGAUGGCACCGACGACCAGCCAUUUGUCUCGGACCGCGAGAAGAUGUCCGGAUACGAAACCAACCUCUACCUCUACUCCGAGGAGAUGGAGGACCGGCCGCGAGUGUCGACGCUCAUCUCCUCGUUGGCCAACUACAGCAACACCAUCCCCGCCGCCACCGACCCCGACGCCAAGCCUGCGCCGUCCGCGCGCAUGGGCACCCUCAUCGGAGUCUACCUGCCCUGCAUACAGAACAUAUUCGGCGUCAUCCUCUUCAUCCGUCUCACCUGGGUCGUCGGCACCGCCGGCGCCUUUAUGGGGUUCCUCAUCGUGCUCACCUGCUGCUGCGUCACAAUGCUGACAGCCAUCUCGAUGAGCGCCAUAGCGACCAAUGGUGUGGUGCCAGCGGGAGGCAGCUACUUCAUGAUCUCACGCUCACUCGGCCCAGAGUUCGGCGGUGCGGUUGGCAUGCUCUUCUACACAGGCACCACGCUUGCCGCAGCCAUGUACAUCGUCGGUGCAGUCGAGAUUGUCCUCACAUACAUGGCUCCAAGUGCAUCCAUAUUUGGCGACUUCACCAAAGAUGCGAGCAUCAUGUACAACAACUUCAGGGUGUACGGCACUGGUCUGCUGAUUAUAAUGGGCACCAUCGUUUUCAUCGGUGUAAAGUUUGUCAAUAAGUUCGCCACCGUGGCACUUGCCUGUGUGCUACUCUCCAUCCUCGCCGUAUAUGUAGGCAUCUUUGUGAACUUUAAUGGGAAUGAACUGUUGCCCAUGUGUGUACUUGGAAAACGGUUACUAAAGGAUAUUGAUAUACAGGAUUGUAACAAGACUGUAAAUGGCCCCCUGUACAAUAUUUUCUGUACAAAUUCAUCAACUGGUGAAGUUACUUGUGAUCCUUACUUUGAAGAGAACAAUGUAAGCAAAGUUCAAGGCAUCAAGGGGCUAGCCAGUGGAGUCUUCCUAGACAACAUUCACAACAGUUUCUUAGAGGAAGGGCAGUUCAUUGCAAAAUCUAAAGAUCCUGAUGAGAUCGAGAGACUCGACAGACCAUCAUACAAUCAGGUUUAUGCUGAUUUAACAACUUCAUUUACUAUUUUAAUUGGUAUCUUCUUCCCAUCGGUGACAGGCAUAAUGGCUGGAUCAAACCGUUCUGGUGACCUAGCAGAUGCACAGAAAUCAAUUCCAGUGGGCACCAUAUGCGCCAUACUCACCACGUCUACAGUGUACCUCUCAGCAGUACUGCUGUUUGCUGGAACUGUUGACAACCUGCUCCUUAGAGACAAGUUUGGGCAAAGUAUUGGAGGAAAACUUGUAGUGGCAAAUAUUGCCUGGCCUAAUCAGUGGGUUAUCUUAAUUGGAUCAUUUCUGUCAACUCUGGGAGCUGGUUUGCAGAGCCUUACAGGUGCACCCAGAUUGCUUCAGGCAAUCGCAAAAGAUGGAAUCAUCCCUUUCCUAGCACCUUUUGCUGUGUCAUCUAGUCGUGGUGAACCUACACGAGCACUAGUUCUGACGGUGCUCAUCUGCCAGUGUGGUAUUUUAUUGGGAAAUGUUGAUUAUCUUGCACCUCUGCUCUCUAUGUUUUUCCUAAUGUGCUAUGGAUUUGUCAACCUUGCUUGUGCGCUACAAACACUUCUUCGCACACCUAACUGGAGACCGAGGUUUAAGUACUAUCACUGGUCUCUGUCAUUUCUUGGACUGUCACUCUGCAUAGCAGUCAUGUUUAUGACAAGCUGGUAUUAUGCACUAGUGGCAAUGGGAAUGGCUGGAUGCAUAUACAAGUACAUUGAGUACAGAGGAGCGGAGAAAGAGUGGGGUGAUGGAAUUCGUGGUCUAGCACUGUCAGCAGCACGUUACAGUCUCCUACGGCUUGAAGAAGGGCCACCUCAUACUAAGAACUGGCGACCACAAAUUCUUAUCCUGUCUAAGCUCACUGAAGACCUCGUUCCAAAAUAUCGAAAAUUAUUUGCAUUUGCAGCACAACUCAAAGCAGGAAAAGGGUUAACAAUAUGUGUAUCUGUAAUUGGAGGAGAUUUCACAAGAAACAGUGGGGAGGCAAUGGCAGCAAAGCAGAGCUUACGUCGCACAAUGGAUGAAGAGAAGGUGAAAGGAUUUGUUGAUGUUCUUGUGUCUCGCAAUAUCACCGAUGGUCUGAGCCAUUUAAUUCAAACUACAGGUCUUGGUGGUAUGAAGCCAAACACAGUCAUCCUUGGUUGGCCAUAUGGUUGGCGACAGUCCGAAGAUGACAAAACGUGGCAUGUAUUCUUGCAGACAGUCCGUAAUGUGGCUGCUGCUCGCAUGGCAUUAUUGGUACCAAAGGGAAUCAAUUUCUUUCCAGAUUCAAGUGAGAAGGUUGUUGGAAACAUUGAUAUAUGGUGGAUUGUGCAUGACGGUGGCCUUCUGAUGCUACUACCGUUCCUUCUUAAACAACACCGCACCUGGAAAAACUGCAAAAUGCGCAUCUUCACAGUGGCACAAAUGGAAGACAAUUCAAUUCAAAUGAAGAAAGAUCUUAAGAUGUUUUUAUAUCAUCUUAGGAUAGAAGCUGAGGUGGAAGUUGUCGAAAUGGUGGACAGUGAUAUAUCGGCCUACACUUAUGAACGAACAUUAAUGAUGGAGCAACGUAACCAGAUGUUGAGGGAAUUGCGGCUCAACAAAAAGGAAAGCCUAGGCGUUGUUCAGGCCAUUGUCGAUCAUCACCACAAUGUUGAUGUGAAGACUGCUACAAAAGUUCGAUUUCAAGAGCCUGGCAAGGAGGGAGCUGAAAAGAAAGCUGAAGAGACAACUGAGGAAGAGUCAUCUAAAAAGCAAAAUGAAGAUUGCUCUAAUACGAAAGAAAAUGAUGGUGACAAUAAUUCUACACACUCAGAAUCCCAAAAGCCUCAACAGCAGGAAAAGCCACAAGAAAAUAAGUCCCCAGAAAAUUCAACAGAUGUCAGCAAUAAGCAGGAAUCAGAAAAGGGCAAGAAGGUCCAAAACAUAACACCUGAUGAAGGCAAUGUACGGAGGAUGCAUACAGCAGUUAAAUUGAAUGAAGUAAUCGUCAACAGGUCUCAUGAUGCACAGCUCGUUAUCCUGAAUCUUCCAGGUCCACCAAGGGACACAAAAAUAGAAAAAGAAUCAAACUAUAUGGAAUUCUUAGAAGUCCUAACAGAAGGUCUUGAAAGAGUUCUGAUGGUGCGUGGUGGUGGAAGAGAGGUCAUAACAAUCUACUCGUGAAGGGCACAUGGCAGCAGUAGCAACACCUGUCAGACUUUAACACCAACAUAUUUACUUGAACACAAUCACAGGUACAACAAGUGUAAGCUGAUAUUUCUGAAACCAUUCAGAUCAAGAAGGAAAGAAGAUAGAAGAAAAAAAUGUUUUGCAUAUCAUUUAAUGCUGGUUAUACCCCAGAGUGAUUUAAAAUGUAUUUCACUCCAUUACUUCUCUUAGUCUUAAGUUUACAUCUACCAAAGAAGUUUUGUCUUUUGCUAGAGUUUAAAUACGAAGUUGUUCAACACAGUUUCACGUAAACCUUAACUGUAUUGGGUUCCUUUAGGUCUGUGUUGCAAUGGCAUUGAAUCAGUACCAUUAGAGUUAGAAGAUCUCUUGUAACGUGAUAAGUAUUCACACUGUUAUCAAAAUCCCAGAUAAUUACUGUUGGAGAAGGGGAGCACAAUUAAAUAUGAGCUGCACUGCUGCUCCAAAUUUAAACAUUAGGUACCUGAAAGAUAAGGAUCAAUGACCAGCGAACAGAUCACAUAGUUUUUGCUAUCAUUUUAUUAUAUCACAGAUCCCUUCAUCUUCAUGAUUAAUUGAUAUUACUGAGAGACAGAGAUGAGACUCCCCUUAUCCAGUCACUAACAGUAAGGGCAGUUGAAAACACAAUUUUUAAGCUUUAUCUUAAUUAUGCCUUAUGUUAAUUACUCUUGUUAAAGUUUCUCAUUUACACAUCAGAGUGGGACUGACAUAAAGCAAGAAAAAUAACUGAAAUUGAAGAGGCAUUACCAGCCAAAGAAAGUUAUCUAUUUGCUUGUGUUGUAGCAUUUCUACAUACCAGUAACAAUAUCAGGAAAAACAUAUUUUUACCUGUACAUUUUCCAGGGAAAAAAGUUCACAUUUAUUGUAGUACCUGUACACUGUCAAAUUAUGUCAUAGUCUCACCUUCCCAACAAUUUUAUGUCUUGUGCACAAGCAAAAAAGAAAAUACGUCACAGGUCUGUUCUUCACAUAGCUCUUUCAUAAACAGAAUGCUUAUGCCAUAUGUCAGUCAAGGGAAACUUAAUUCUGUUACGUUCCUUAGAAAAUCAGCUAACAUGUAAUAUGUUGUCCUGCCAAGUGCUGUUUCAGGUAAAUAUGUGUAUACUAUGAUCUCCUUUAAUAUUAGCUCAUCGUCUGAAUAACUUCCAUCUCUUCAUCACAUACAACAAAGCAACUCGCUGUUUUCUACAUCAUGUAAAUUUCUCAUAUAAUCAUCUUUAUAUACUUAUAUAACAUUUUCAUUCAUUAAGGGAUUAGAGGUAUGCUGUCAUCUGACAUCACAAAAUUAGAUUCCAACAUUUUGCAGCAGCAUCGUUAAAGGUGAAUUGCUGAAACAUAUAAUUCUUGUUAUGACAAGGAGUUAUAUUUGCAGUAAACACAUAUUUUUGCAUAACUAUACACUAUUAGUACUUACAUAAAAGGUACUCUUAUGACAACAACGUGUUUCACAUUUGUUUUCAAAAUGUGAACAUCUAAUGACACUUAAAAGUGUUUUACUGGCAGUUGCAUCUGUGUGGUGUAAGUGAUUGUGGUGUAAGACGUUGAACCAAUACCACAACCAACAAAAAUUUUUUGCUGUUCCGUGCUCAACAAUUGUGAAAAUGUCAGGUACUGUGUUAAAAAGGCGGAAAUGUUUGCUCACAAUUUCAGAGGAAGAUUCUGUCUUUGUGGAUUGUUUAAUAAUAAAGUAGGUGAAGGAUAAUACUAUGUAAAGUAGAAUCUGUGGCCAGUGGUAAAAGAUUCAGAUAAUUGUUUAGUCCAUAUUCAUGUAAUUACUUAUUACGAAUUCGGCUGGUUCAUCACUUAGGAAAACCUUACUAGAUUUUUUUUCCAUUUGUUACCAAAGAUGUUUUAAAUAGUUGCAGCAUUACAAAGUAUCAGGCAUAAUUUAAAGUUGUGACUCAUGUACCAACAUGUUUAUAUAAUUUUUUUUUAAUUGAGUAAUUUUAUGUUCUAAUAUGUUUAAGGAGUUUGUCAGUUGAAGAUGGUAGUUCCUACAUAACAUGACACACUCAUUCCAGCAAUAGUGAUUAUUAAUCAGCAAUGAAAAAGCUAAGUCCUGUUGAAUUUCUCAACAGACAUGUUUCCCAGUUUAAGAUUCAAUGAAAUACUUUCAUUAAAAUCUUUAAAAUAUCAUGCUAGUGGAGUAUUGUAAUUAUUUUCCUUGUGUGAACUUUGAAAAAUGCUGGGAGUUUGUUAAAAAUCUUGCUGCCAAAUCUGAAAUGGAGUUUCUAAAGACAGUAGUAAGACUACAAAAUUCAGUAUCCUAAUUUUCAAGGAUUUGUGAUUUUUAUGUCAAAAGGAAGGUAUAUACAGAAUGGGCAAACUAAAUGUAGAAAGUAGUAGUUUUGAGUAUAGCAAGACUGCUACACUUUUAAGGUACUACUGAUUUGGAAUUAUACCUGUUAUAUAAGAAAUAGCUUGAAAUACUGAGAGAGCCUAGAAGAGAGAAAAAAAAAAGUAAAAUUAUUACACUGCACCUCGAUUCAGAAUAUACCGAGAUCAGUUGUAACGAUUUUUUAUUAGAGGGUUUUUUUUGGCAAGAUGUUUUCUUGAUGAAUAGCUGUACAGAAUUUUCAUAAAUGCACAUGAUCUUUCUGUUACAGAUUUUCUUACAAUUUCAAUAUGCCCUAUCAAUUCAUCUUUGAAAUAAGAUAAUAGAAGAAAACUUUGUGUUUGGUAUUACUGAACUACUAUGCAAUAUCUAUGUACUUUGUCAGCUACUUAGGCUUUUUUUCUCUUCUUCUUCUUCUUCUUCCUCUUCUUCUUCUUCCCAAUCUCACUUCCUCCUGUCUUCAUCCCCAAAUAGUGUUCAAAUUGAAAUCAAAACCCAUACACGAAACAUUUGUGUUUUCAUACUACAAGGACAAGAUAUGCAAAUAAAAUUUGUAUCGAUCUAUGAAACUCUCUCAUGAAGUGCUGAUGAAUUUUUUUGUUUUAACAGUCAGCAUUCUAAUUCUGAAUUCGCAGCAAGCUCAAGACACAUCUGACUCGUUCUCCUGUUUUGGUAAUAAGAAGUUUGCUUGUUUUAUUGAUAUGUUAUAAUUUAAAUAGCUUUUUGAAUUUUUUGAUAUAAAUUUUUAUUAUGUUUUCUUUAACUGCCACAAAAAUGUGUUUGCACCAGCAUUAAUAGAGCAUUUCAUUAGAGCAAUGAUAGAUGUAAUGUUAAUUUGGAUUAAAAUUAGACUUCCACGAAGUGUAGAAUAGUAACUACCAGCAGAAAUAAUUACCUUUCUUUCUCUCAGAAGCAUGAUUAUGAUUUCACUUGUCCCAUAGUGUUUCGUCCUUAAGCAUUCAAGAAAAUAAUCUAUUAAAACUAGUGCCCAUGUCUUGUAUCCAUUUAAUCUUAUUUAAAAAGCCUCUCAGGGCCUUACUAUUGCUGUCAUAUUUCUGUAGCACAGUACCAACCAUGAAACUUCUUAACGAAGAGAUUUCUGUAAAGUUCUUUACAAAAAUGGAGAAAAGUGUAAACAAUUUACAGCAGUUACAAGAAACAGAAAUAAAUCACUUUUCAACCAAAAUUUAAACAAUUUACAGCAGUUGCAAGAAACAGAAAUAAAUCACUUUGUGGUCAAAAGUUAUUUUAAAUGGGGCUAAAUACAAAGAAGUGGGUAUAAUUCCUGGAAUUCUUGUUCUAAUACAACUCUAACAUUGUCACUAUUUACAUUUCAGUUUUUAAGUCGGGUGGAUUUGAAAUUUUUUUCCCCUUCUCAUCGUCAGUUCACUCCAUCUCUGAUACUGGCACAAGAUUGUUAGUGAUUAAAUUGCGGUGAUACCAAGAAUUUUCUGCCUUAACUUGCCUUACACUAUUUUAAAAAAAAUUCUGCAUUAUAAGCAGCACAUAUGUAGGCUAUAGACAGAUUGUUGACUUCUAAAUGCAGCAGCUCUUCACAGUUGGCCUCAUACUAUGUAUGUAUUUGUUUUUGGAGACUGUUGAUAUUAGGUACUAAAAGUUACUCGUUAUGAAUUGUAGUGGCAUGUUUUCCUAGUAAACAGUGUGCCUUUGUAUAAGAGAAAUCAGUAAAGAUUUUUUUUAAAGCUUAACCUGAAUUCUCAAAGUAUCAGUGUGCACCUCCAAUAAAAGUUACAAAAAUAACAGUUAUGAUAAAUGGUGUAUGCAUGAAGAAACUGGACAGUUUAAAUUUUAUGAAUGACUAUGUUCACAUUUAACUUUUGUGUCAGAAGAUCACACUUGAUUUUAAACAUAUGUAUUUCAAGCACACUCAUUUAUUAAUUUGUAUUGCAUUUUUCCAAUAUUUCACCACAUCCACUUAAAUGUGUAUAAUGAAAUGCUUUCUUAAAAAAGGGUCACCUUUCUAGUGUUCUAUUUUAUUUUGUAUUUUUGUGUUUUGUAUAUUCAAAUAGUUUACACUGGACUGUGUCCAACUCUCAAUGCUCCAUGAUUCUGAUAUUUAAUUUAUAGAGCACACUGUGUAACAAUUUGUGAACUGUAAGAAUAAACAAUAUUAUUUUUGUAGCAGAUUGUGAUAUAAUUUUCUAACAGUUCAAAUGUUGUUUAGAAUUUCAUUGAAUAUUAAUGGGUGACAGAUUGCUGAACAUCACAUCCAUUAGUUUAAAGAAUGAGUGUGAGUGUGGUACAAGAAUUUAAAUAUUUAAGUAAGAUUCUUGUCUAUUUUUGUAAUAACUUCAUGUUUAUACUUUUCUAGUGCAGCACUACUGCAAAGAUAUAACAAUUAUAGUAUUACUGUAGCCAGUAUCUGACUAUGAGGGAUAGAUAAGUGUAUCCUUUUCAUAAAAUUGCUGAAACCAUGACAAAUAGAAGUGUCUAUUAACAAUUUAAUUAAGAAAUAACUUACCAGCAAAAUAAGAAACAGUAGUAAAUAUCAAUUAAGACAGCUGUGACACACUGAUAAUUUCAUUUGGUAGUUUAAAAAAAUUCUUAACACAGGGAUUGUGUGACCAUGUUUCUGAAUGUCACUUACUUAAACAGCCUAAAUCAGAAUUGCUCUUUAAAAAAAUAUUAACUCAUUAGAGUUUUUUCCCCCCUUAUGCAGUCAAAUUUCUUUCUCUGAAAUAGGACUGUUCACUUUCAUAAGCCCAAUUGGUUAUUUGCAACAAUCUUGUAUCGAUUUGUGUGAUAUUGGUUCAUGGCUUCAGCUGUUUUAUGAAAAGUGCUGAUUUUUGUUACCUUCAUAUUAUCAGUUCUUGUUUUUCUGUACCUCGACUUUUAGUGGCCAUCUAUUAUUGAAAUAGACACAUUGUAAAAUAUUUCAAUUUUUUUAAGAAAUUUCUUAUCUAUGAAACAGAGUUUUUAUCAUUUGUGUAAAAAUACAUUAUGAGAACUGUUUCUAUAAGUGUUGAUGAUAAAAAUAAAUUGUUAGCUAUUUCCUAUAUUUGCCUGUUACAUUUGUGAUAAAUUUUUUGAUUGUGAAGUAUUUUUGAGGAUACCUUUAACAGUAUGUGUAUAUUUGGAACAGUGAUUUUCUGAUGACACACACUGUCUGUACAAUUGUAUUAUGUAACAGCACACCUCAUAUAUUGAUUUGUCCAUAAUAUUUUAGAGGUUACUGUUGCACAAAAUAUUUUGAGAGCCAGCUCUAUUGUGAUAAAACUGUCUGAUAUGAA